AUGAUCAAUGCAGCAGUAAAGAAUGAAGCUGUAUACAUUAGCGAUGAAUUAGAGUUCACGACGGCCUUUGCAGACUCGUUAGAAGAUAGUGAUCCGAUGAUAGCCAUGGAUUCUUCUCGUCUUAAGAAAUUUUCCUGCUCUAUUAAGAAUGGAAGAGCUAGGCAUCGGAUUGCAUCAAAUAUUGAAGCAAUCAAAUCCAGAGACAUUAGUAUCUCAGAGGAUGCAUCAGAGGCUGGAAUGUCAGGGGGUGCCCUUCUACUCGAAGAAAAUGAUCUAGUGGGUAUUGAAAAGCCCAAAAACGAGGUGAUCGAGAAGUUUCUUGCGAGCAAAUCUGCACACGAAGUAGUUUCAGUGGUCGGAGAGUCAAUCAGUGGUGUUUUAGCUACAAAGGAGAAGAGCCGAAUUGAUGAAUGGAAAAUGGUUCACCGUAGCCUCGGUGUUGGAUUAGAAGACAAUGACAGACUGAAGAAUGCGGGAAAAAUACUGUCGCUCACGGAAGGAUUUCUGAAAGAAAAGGAAGGAUUGACAUUAGAAGAAGUUGCAGAAGACUACUUGAAUGAACUCAUUAAGCAAGUCUUAUAUUCUGUAUCCAGGUCCCUUUCUUUUAUCUUGUCUUCUGGUCAUUUAAGUAUGCUUAAUAUUUUAGAUUUGGAAGGCGCAUCUUUAAGGGAAUUUCCACAAGUGGUCACCCUUGUCCUUUCAAAGUAUCCAAGUUUGAGGAAUCCCAAGGUCAAUUCCAUUCCAAGCUUUAUUAACAAACUUCAGAAUCUUGAAACCUUGGAUCGGAAACAUGCCCAUGUAACUGCAUUGCCUGUAGAGAUUAUGAUGCUUCAAAAACUACGGCACCUUCUAGUUUAUCAUUAUGAAAUCGAAUCUGGCGAUCAGACUCGCACCAAAUAUGGUUUCAAGGUACCUGCACGAAAUCGGAUGAUUACAGUCCUUACAAAAGUUUUGCUUCUUAGAGGCAAAUCAGAGAAAUAUUUCUUAUGA